UGGGGCAGAAAGGAGUCUUCCCGGGGCGGAGAAAGGGGCGGGCGCUGCGGCCCCGGCUCCAGGAAGCGGAGGCGCCCGGGGCGUCGGGGUUGCGCUCGGCGGCGAUGAGCUCGGCGCUGGGGCUCCGCGGGUCUGGCCCUGCAGGUGAGGGACAAAACAUGACAGAAACAGAUGCCUUCUAUAAGAGCAGUGAAAUGUUUGAUCCGGCAGAAAAGUACAAAAUGGAUCACAGGAGGAGAGGAAUUGCUUUAAUCUUCAAUCAUGAGAGGUUCUUUUGGCACUUAACACUGCCAGAAAGACGGGGCACCAGCGCAGACAGAGACAACCUUAAGCGCAGAUUUUCAGAUCUAGGAUUUGAAGUGAAAUGCUUUAACGAUCUUAAAGCAGAAGAACUACUGCUCAAAAUUCAUGAGGCAUCGAAUUCUAGCCACGUAGAUGCCGAUUGCUUUUUAUGUGUUUUCCUGAGUCAUGGUGAAGACAAUCACAUUUACGCAUAUGAUGCCAAAAUUGAAAUUCAGACAUUGACUGGCUUGUUUAAAGGAGACAAGUGUCAGAGCCUGGUUGGAAAACCCAAGAUAUUUAUCAUUCAGGCAUGUCGGGGAAACCAGCAUGAUGUGCCAGUCAGACCUUUUGAUGCAGUGGAUCAUCGUACAGACCAGCUGGGUGCCAAUGUCACCCAAGUAGAUGCAGCCUCAGUUUACACACUGCCUGCUGGAGCAGAUUUCCUCAUGUGUUACUCUGUUGCAGAAGGUUAUUAUUCUCAUCGGGAAACUGUGAAUGGCUCAUGGUACAUUCAAGAUUUGUGUGAGAUGCUGGGAACAUUUGGCUCCUCCUUAGAGUUCACAGAACUCCUCACCCUGGUGAACAGGAAGGUUUCUCGACGCCGUGUAGACUUCUGCAAAGACCCAAGUGCAAUUGGAAAGAAGCAGGUCCCUUGCUUUGCCUCCAUGCUAACGAAAAAGCUGUAUUUCUUUCCAAAAUCUAAGUGAAAGGGCUGUUUUAUAUAGUUGUAUUCAAAAUAGAUUCCCCUUUCUUAUAUAAAUAACACUAGGUCGAAGCUUAAUAGUACAGCAAUUUGAAAUGUUUUAAGGUUUAACUUUUUAAAAAGAAAAUAGUUCAUUUUGGACACAGUGAGAGGGUUUGCUCUAUGUAGAAACAAAAUCCUCAGGGAAUUAACUAUAAAAAUCCACAAGCAUUUAUAAUACUUGAUUUUUAUAAGUUGCAAAUAUCUGGGUGACUUAACUUGUAUUUUGUUUAUUUUUUAAUAAAGGGUUAUAAUGUUUUUAAAGGUUUUUGAAACCCAAGAUUUAGUUGUUUUCCUUUAAUUUUGAAAUUCACGUUUUGCAAAUUUUGCUCAUUCAAAUUUUCCUGUGUGUAAUUUACACACAAAUGUUUUUAUUUAUGUACACGAAUUAAUAUACACGAAUUGUUUUAGUUGGUCAUGCAAAUUAAUCUACAUAUGAAUUAUCACUUUUUGUAUAGGACUUUAAAAAAAUCAGCCUUUAAGAACUAUUAUAUGGCAUUCUGAGGAAGAAAUAUAAAAUUGUUAAUUCUUAGUCAGUAUAGCCUGAACACUUGCAAAAUUUGAUUCUGUCAAUAUCUUCCAUGUUAAGUUACCGUACAUCAUCAUUCCCACUCACAGACCAUGAUGCUGAUAGGGAUAGAUAUUACCUUUAAGGUUCGAUUCUUAAUGAUAUAUAAAUUUGAAUAAUAUUGUUUUGUUAAUAACCUGCCAGAGGCUAAAGAUGGUUAAAUGUUUAGGCUUUUGGUAACUGAAACUUGUGAGUUGCUACUUCAAAAGCUAUAGUUUACAUAUAUUGUUUCAGUUGCAGUUCAAAAAGUAUGCUAACUAUGUGCUGUGGUUAGUGAGACAUUUGUACCUUUUCUUGUGGUCAUGACAGGGGCUUCACUGGCAGUUGAAUGUUUUACUUUAAGUCCUUACCACAGGCGUUGCCAUCACUGCCUCUGCUUCCAAGAGCUAAUGAUGACAGAAAUGCUCCUUAGCGUUUUUGGUGAACUGAUGAACACUGGCUUGGCCUUCUAUGUAAAGAUUAUACAAUUCUGGUUACUUAAGAGAAAUCAGCUGGUGUUAAUAAAAAGCUCUAAACCAAAACAAAAAGACAGACUUUUUUCCUCAAAUGUGAUCGGUCAAAGGGUUUAUUUGAAUAAAAUCCUCUUGUUCAGAUGCAGUGACAUUGGUACCUACAUAUCUGGGCACCAAAUUGCCAUCAAAUCUGAGGCUGUGGAAACAAUGGGGACACAAUUGAGUCCUGUACGAAACAGUUGUCUUAGAAUAAGACAGUCCUUUUGUAAUAAAAUUAAUGUGUAAUGUGC